AGGUUUAAAUUCCGACCUAUUGAUGUCAUAGCGUGGAUACUUUGUCCUCUUCGCUCAGUGGCAGUCAUAGGAAAUCCAGCUGUUGGGGAUUUGAAUCUUUAUAACAUUGAACUUGUUAAUGUGUGUGGGGAUGAAUAGACCACUCGGUACAAAUGUUUGUUUCAAAAGGGAAACAAAUGGCUGAUAUAAUUAACUGAGAAUGAUCCGCUCAGGUAAAGUGCCUUAAGGCAUUGGGACGCGAAAAAUAUAAGACCAGAGAAUUGUAAUUGACAGAACCUUCAAACAAAUGACCAACUGGAUAGGAGCAUCAGCUUUUCACCACUGAGCAUGGCAUUGUACAUUGUUACCAGAAAUCUUCAAGCACAUGCCCAUUGAAGCUCAAAUGUAAUCCCUCAAGUUUUAAAGCAAAAGGCAAUCAUUUAAAAAAAAUGUUACGCCUUGAAAUAUAAUGUGCCCGAGACCCCAAGUCUGGAACUAUAGCGUAGAAAUUACGUAAAUAACCCCUUUCCUUUUUCAGGACUCAAUACAAAAAUAAUAUGAAGUGAGUAAAAGCGAACUAUCAAUGGGUUCGGUUGUAUUGUCUGCUGCACUGUAUUAAUUAUCCUUGUUUGGGAACCCAACAUCCUGUGGAUAUAUUUGGAGUAAAUGAAUAAAAGGCUGUGGAGAAAGCAAUGUUCAGGCUUGAGGGCAAUCUUGCAAAGGAAAGAUACACUUUGUAUUUUCACCGCUGGGAUAUGGCUGUAUACUCUAUUGUGCAUUAGAAAGGGUGCAGCAGCUUAUGUGUACAGUAUUGGACACCAAGCUGUAACCCACACGUAAAACCCCUGGGCGAAACAAAGGAAAAUCGGUCCCCAGUGAAGAUGCCAGGGUAGCGGGUAAUAUCCGAAAGCUGCACUUGAUUCAACCCAGAGAUUUACUGUCCUGUUUCUGCUGGUUUUAUCCUCUGCACUCCUCUGAUUUGGGUUGUGUGUGUUUAGGAGGCUGGGCUGGGCUGGCCCACAGCAGGGCGAUCACAUGGUACCGGCUGAUUGACACCGGAGCUGCAGGCUUUGGGGCUGGGACUCGCUGUUAUGGGAACCUGGAGAAACGUUGGCCAGCAGCAAUGAGCAAGCGAAGGGGAAAUGGCCAGGUCGGGCAGUGAUGGAGAACCGCAACAGCACGUCGCCGGCCACGAUGCGCCGGAGCCACAGGUUUUAUCCCUGGACGAGGUGCUGAGGGCGUACGAGCAGCCCAUCAAUGAGGAGCAAGCCUGGGCUGUGUGUUACCAAUGCUGCCGCUCUCUGCACCGAGACUGGCCCCAGGAGCAGGUGCGCAUUGGCCGCGUCCGGGAGCUGGCAGCCAUCCUGCUGCAUCGGGAUGGCACCGUCUCCCUGUGCGGGGAGGACCACAACAGGCCGCCGUUUCCAGGUUCAAAGGCAAACAUCUCCCCUCGACUAUGCACAGAAGGAGAGAUCGUGCAAUCCCUGGGAUUUGCUAUUUACCGAGCAUUAGACUGGGGCUUGGAUGAGAAUGAGGAGCGAGAGUUGAGUCAGCAGUUGGAGCAGCUGAUUGACCAGAUGGCAAACAAUGAUUCUGAGGGUAGCAAUGGUACAGCUGACGAGGGGUACAGCGGGCAGGAUGAUGAGGAAGAGGGUGAUGUUCCACAACGUUCAGUGAAGACUUUUGAACAAGUAAUGAAGGCGUGUGCUGCACAUUUAUUGAAUCGAAAUGAAGCAGAUUCACAUUUUCAAGCAGUCUGCAGGGCAUUGUUUGUGGAAACCUUGGAGUUACAGACUUUCCUGGUGAAAAUCAAAGAUGCUAAAGAGAUGCUGAAGAAGAUGCAGUUUGGAGAAUCAGAGACUCAGCAGAUUCCAUUAGUUGAAUUGGACAACUUGAACCAUACUGACUGGGCACGUCUAUGGGUGCAGCUAAUGCGAGACCUCCGCCAUGGUGUCAAACUAAAAAAAGUUCAGGAAAAACAGUACAACCCUUUACCUACAGAGUAUCACCUUACUCCAUUCGAGAUGUUAAUGCAGGACAUUAAAGCACGUAAAUAUAAACUGCGGAAAGUUAUGGUUGAUGGUGACAUCCCGCCAUGUGUGAAGAAAAAUGCUCACGAACUCAUUCUUGAGUUUAUAAGAUCACGGCCACCUUUAAAACCGGUCUCUGAAAGAAAUCUUGGACCAAAGCCUCUGAAACCACGUAGUCUACAUGAACGAAUUCUGGAAGAGAUCAAGUCAAAGAAAAAGCUUCGACCAGUGCACACAGCUAGUCGAAAUAAGAACAAAGAGGUGACCUUUGGAUCUCUGCCAUGCCUUGUGCAUGCCUGCUCUGAUGACCUCAAGUCUACUUCAUGCAUAGAUCUCUCCGUUCCUGAGUCCAUGGGAAGCACACAGCGGCCUAGACCCAGAGUACUACUAAAAGCCCCAACACUGGCUGAAAUGGAUGAAAUGAACAUUUCAGAGGAGGAAGAGUCACCAAGCGCAGAGAUGCGAAGAGUUACCAGCUCCCCAAUUCCUUUAAAACGUGAUCGCUCAUUCUCAGAACAUGAUCUCCAACAUUUGCAGACUGAGUUAGCUCUGUCCCAAUCUGAAUCUGCUUAUCUCUCAAAGGUUUCUGAGAAUGAGACUGUAAUUGGGACAACGCCUUUGCACCAAGUAAAAGAGAAUGCAGAAAUGCAGCCUAUAAAUUUCCAGGCAUCUGAAAGCACUCAUUCUUGUUUGGUAGUGGAAGACAAGCUCCAAUCUGUCAAGGGUAUUCCAGAGACUCUUCCAACCUUUUCUAAACGUCAAUGGCUGGAGGAAUUCAGUCACCCAGUGGAGAGCCUGGCUUUAACUGUGGAGGAAGUUAUCAAUGUCAGAAAGGUCUUGGUCAAAGCUGAAAUGGAAAAGUUUCUGCCAAACAAAGAUCUCUACAACAGCCUGAAAAAGGGAAAGGUCUGCUGCUGCUGUAAAAUGAAGUUCCCGUUGUUCUCAUGGCCAUCGACAUGUUUAUUGUGUAAAAGAUCAGUUUGUGGUUCUUGCAAUUUAAAGAUCAAGAUUCCUUCCAAGAAAUUUGCUCAUAUACCGGUUUACACUGUGGGUUUUGAGAAUCUCCAUGGAACCGCUCACACCAAAGGAUAUUUCCAAUCUCGAUCUCUGAAGAGUCUCAGUAAUCGGUCAGUAGAAAAGGAAUUUCCACACCUUUACACAAACGGCUGUAGUUUCAAAGAUAUUUGUGCCGAAUGUGCAAAAUUUGUUGCCGAUGUCAUCAACUCAAGUUGUAAAAGUGUGGACCUUCUGAAUAAUACCCCGAGGAGGAAAGUCCAAUCUAUGUAUGUGCGCUCAACAAGAUCCUGAAGAAAAUAAGAACUAGAUCUAAUUGUGUUUGAAUACCACAUGAUUCCAGCCAAAGCUGUUAACAGUUGUGCUGCACGUGCUGAUUUAGAUCCUAAAAUAACAAUAUGUACUGCUUUAAAGAAGUGCUCAUGACAUCUGAUCUCUAGCAGGUGUGACAAAUGGGUCUUGUGAAAGUUACAAUAUAAGGAUGAACAUUUUCUUGUUAAAAUGCUGAUGACAUGAACAAGGCAAAAUGAUGGUACUCCAAGUUGGUUCAUAAGCUGAGGAAGCUUGGAUUUUCUAAACUGAAAGUUUCACCUUGAUGGAAACUAGCUCUAAAAGUCAGGGCAGGGAUUUGGGCAAAAUGUACAGAUUUUGAGAGAAAUUUGCCAUCUUGACAGGGACAAGAGGCUAGGUCAGGGUAAAAUGCAUAAAAUUGAAAAUUUAUUUUCCUUUUUAUUUUGAAUGAUUUCAUUAAUUUAUUUUGUUUGGAUGUGAUCUCCUGUAGGCUUCCAACUAAUAUUUCUGUGCUUCCUGGCUCCUGAGCCUCUGCUGCUGAUAUUUUAAUUCUAUUAAGUUUUCUACUUCAUGAAGAUGAAUACUGAUGCAAGGUUUUGGUUUCUAUCAAUGUUAUACAUCCAAAAUUAUCCCAUUUAUAUACCAUGGUUUCAACCAUGGUUUUACUUAAAGUGAGUUUUAUUGUAAUCCUUGAUUAAUAUGAGGAUAUUUGUUUAUCAUUAUCUGUUAUAAUUGGAGAUCAAUAUUUGUGUAUUGUCAUAGUUAUUCUUAAAUUGUCACAAUAUAAAAGUUAUCAAGAGUUAGUGACACUUAAGGUGAGUUCUUAUUCCUAGUUGUGCUAUAUCUCUGUGAACAUUCUGUAAAUGAAAUAGCUUUAUUCUUGUCAUACCUGGGGAGCGAUCAAACAAAGCUAUUCUGAAUUUAGAAUAAGAUAUUAUAUUGGAUCUUGUUACUUAAUUUACCACUAGCUAAUGGCUCUAUGGAACAGCAGAAUACCAGUUAACUGCCUGCCUGCUUGCUGAAAUGCCUGUGGUUAAUAGAUAUUUUGCUGCCCUUUUGCUUUAUUAAUGGACAUAUUCAUAAAAGAAAGGAAUAUUCUAACAAUACUUUAUCUUCUUACAUUAAUAAUAGUCUCAUCCAUCUACACAUUGUUUGGCUAAGUGUAUACCAGUAACAUUUAUGUUAUGAGUUUUUACAAUGAGGUGCUGACAUGAUGUAGUAAUCAUAGACAAGGUGUCAUAACAGCCUUGAAUAUUUUAUCAGUACUUUGGAUUUUUUGUACUGAUGAACUUCACAUUAAUGUGGAAUGGACACUAACAAUGAUAAUGUUAGAAAUAGAAAACAAAAUAGAAAUAGUUCAGAGUUAAAAAAUUAAACCAAGUGAAGUUCAAUUAAUAUCGUAGAACUCAAGUUCCUAAGUGCUUUAACUAAAGUCACCUCAUUCAGGAAAUCACCAGUACCAAUGUCACCUUAUCCAAGCUUUUGGGAUUUGUUUGUUUGUCUUUACAUUCUGCAUAACUGAUCCCCUUUUAUGGCUAUUCUUGUGGCUACUGCAUUCAGGCAACAUUAUGUCAUGGAAAACACUGAUGAGCCUAUCAUGUUUGCAGUCUUCUACCAGGAUAUGCACUGCUUGUAAACAUCUAAAUAAACAACUAAUGAAUGGAAACUCCAACUUUUGGGAGAAAUUAAACAUUGAAGUUAUAAACGUAGCUGUUGCUAUGCAAACCUGGAAUUAUUUCCCUUCUCAAGACUUAAUGUUUUCAUUGAAAAUAUGGGACCACAUAAUCAAUAGGCUGCAGCUUUCAUUUAUUUGAAAGUGAAUGAUUAAGAAAUGAGAAAACAAGUUCCAAUAAAUAUGGAGCACUGCAUGUUUUAACAGCUUAUAAAGUUGCCUGAUGCUGAGAGUUCAGCUUUUCAGAGGUUUGAUAAUAGAUUUAGAAAUUUUAAGAGUGCCUUUUGAUUGUGAUAAAAUCUGUUCAAGAACAUUGUACUGCAUCUGUUAACUUUAGUGUUUAAUAUGUAAACACAUAGGUCUGGGGAAGCUAGUGUUUCUGUUAUUGAUUCAACUUUGGCAUAACAUUUCUUAUUAGCUUUUGCAUGCUCAAAAUGUUUAACAAUGGUGAUCUUGUAAGACAGGUACAUGAUGUAGCAUUUAAUAAGCUUAAAAGUUUUCCUGAUUGUGGACAUAAACGAGAUUUUUGUUCCUGUGUUCAACCGCCUGGAUGUAAUGCAUGCCAAAGAGCAGCCACUAGGAGUACAGUAUCAAUUGAACAGAACAUUACACCUUUUAAGGAUAUGUCUCCACAGGAUAGGACCUACACGAAUGUACUGUCAUAAAUAGAACUCUUAAGUUAGACUUGAAGACCUGUCAUAUCUGCUAACUACAUCAUCAGGCAUGUCUGUGUGCACAGUUUCCACAUCCAGAUGUUCAUUUCAAACAAUACUCCAGCUGUCAGAGAAAUCAUGCAGGUAUGUAGUUAUAGGGCCAAACUGUUAGCUUCUGGUUAAGACAUUGCACCACAGUGAAAAAUUGCAUCUCACCAAAGAAACUAUGAAGGAGGAAAAUUGUGUUUCAGUGCUGCAAGUUUUUAGUAGAAGUAACGAAUAUGACUAAUUAUCAAUGCAUCUUCCCUGGAAUGAUGGGAUGUGUGUUGUGUGUGUAUAAUGACUGGAUAUCAGUCAAACAGCAUGUGGAAAAUAAUAUUAUACAGAUGAAGAAAUAAACAUUUUAUGUGGAGCCUGUUGUCCAACAUGGAAUGUAAAGGUAUUUGAUAUGUAUGUAUUUUUCUUGUAAAUAAGUUCUAUUUACUGCUGGAUUAAAUAAAAUUGAGCAAAUUGUUCAGCCAA